GUCAUUCCCGGAAGUGCCAGCCCUGUUUGUUCCUCCUUUGUUUUUGCUGUUAGAGCCAGAGACAAGCCGUGAAGCGGGUUCAUCCAACUUCAUUCUACUCGAUGUUAGUCGGUGGGUUUGGACACAGAUUCUCAUCUUUUGAUACUUAGGAGCAGUUUGAGCUCAAAUCUACCCAAGUCUUUUUCCUCCUGGAUAUCUCGGUGCUCUCCGCUAUAGUUAGCCGGUACCGGAGCUGCUAACUCUCGUGCAGUGAAGCGGAGACGGUCACAGAGAAGACAAAGGUGGAUUUAAAGUGAAACCUGAAAGUUGUGUCGGACAAAGAUCACCUGAUUCCAGCAAACAUGGAUGGAAGACCCACCUGUGACCAGUGUGGAAAGACUUUCACCACAGCAAGUUACCUAAAAAGCCACCAACGCAUCCACACUGGAGAAAGACCAUAUGCGUGUGACCAAUGUGGAAAGAGUUUCACCCACAUGAAUGGUCUUAAAUAUCACCAACGCAUCCACACUGGAGAAAAACCAUAUGAGUGUGACCAGUGUGGAAAUGCUUUCACCAGCACAAUGAACCUAAAAAGCCACCAACGCAUCCACACUGGAGAAAAACCAUAUGAGUGUGACCAAUGUGGAAAGAGUUUCACCCAAAUGAGUGGGCUUAAAUGUCACCAACGCAUCCACACUGGAGAAAGACCAUAUGAGUGUGACCAGUGUGGAAAUGCUUUCAACAGAGCAAGUUCCCAAAAAAUCCACCAAUGCAUCCACACUGGAGAAAGACCAGAUGUGUGUGACCAAUGUGGAAAGAGUUUCACCCACAUGAGUGGUCUUAAAUAUCACCAAUGCAUCCACACUGGUGAAAAAACAUAUGAAUGUGACCAGUGUGGGAAUGCUUUCACCAGCAUGAACCUGAAAAUCCACCAACGCAUCCACACUGGAGAAAAACCAUAUGAGUGUGAGCUGUGUGGAAAUGCUUUCAAGAGAGCAAGUCACCUAAAAAUCCACCAACGCAUCCACACUGGAGAAAGACCAUAUGUGUGUGAGCAAUGUGGAAAGAGUUUCACCCAAAUGAGUGGGCUUAAAUGUCACCAACGCAUCCACACUGGAGAAAAACCAUAUGAGUGUGACCAGUGUGGAAAUGCUUUCAACAGAGCAAUGAACCUAAAAAUCCACCAACGCAUCCACACUGGAGAAAGACCAUAUGUGUGUGACCAAUGUGGAAAGAGUUUCACCCAAAUGAGUGGGCUUAAAUGUCACCAACGCAUCCACACUGGUGAAAAAACAUAUGAAUGUGAGGAGUGUGGGAAGACUUUCACCCAAGCGUCUACCCUUAGGACACACCUACGCAUCCACAGUGGAGAAAGACCAUAUGAAUGUGAGCAGUGUGGGAAGACUUUCACCCAGAAGAAUGAGGAGCCUUAAGACACACCUACAAAUCCACAGUGGACAAAGACCAUAUCACUGUGAACAGUGUGGGAAAACUUUCAC